AGACGUCAGAGCUUCUCUGCCGAGGAUGAAGGUGAAGAUCCGGCAGUGGAACGGGGUGGCCUCCUGGCUCUGGGUGGCCAACGACGAGAACUGCGGGAUCUGCAGGAUGCCCUUCAACGGCUGCUGCCCGGACUGUAAAGUGCCUGGAGAUGACUGCCCGCUGGUCUGGGGUCAGUGCUCCCACUGUUUCCACAUGCACUGCAUCUUGAAGUGGCUGAACUCGCAGCAGGUCCAGCAGCAGUGUCCAAUGUGCCGCCAGGAGUGGAAGUUCAAAGAGUGAACCUGUGGAGGCUCAGACACAAAGACUCUGUAAAUAACUAUGUUUUGUACUUCUACAUCUCAGCACAUUUUGAAUAUAUUGUAGUCUGUUGAUUAAUUAUGUGAUUAAAUAAAAAGGAAACAUUGUAUGCUCUG